UGCAAACUAUAUGAAAUAACUUUUUUAAAAAAUAAUAUACUGAACUCUAGAAAAUCCAAAAGACAUUAUCGGAAUCAGUAAUGUUUGUUUCCUCGGGUCUAGAUUUGGACUGUCUGCUAGUCAUAUAAAUCCUCUCUUCUCUUUCAUAGCAGCUCCCUCGUGAGUUCUUUGUCGCCGUUAAAUCAAUAGCCGUCCCAACUGUUUGGGCUUAAGAACUUUUCCCUCAAGAAGAAUUCAGUCUCUAAUUGAGCGGAACUACUAUCCGAAGAUAUAAACGUUUUCUGUCGGCUUCAGUGUUACUUUGUUUCGUGAAAUCCUCAGUUUCUGAAAGUGUCUCAAGGAGGUUGAAUCUAAUUGCUUUCUCUGAAGAAUUGGAAUUUUGUUCCAAUUUUGAAGUUUUCUCUGCCUACUCUGUAAGUGUUAUCUGGUGAUCUACAACAGCUCAAUGGAUCUGGAUAAAGCUAUUCAAGAUAUGUCGAUUUCGGAUGAUAAACCGCUAGUUCUGUCUAAUUUGCCAAAGUAUUGUUCUAGCGAAAGGAAUAGCUGUAGUAUUAUGGGACGAUUCCUGAAUCCGGAAGCUCAAAGAAUGUCUAAUUGGAUAUUAGACAUGCCAAGAAUCUGGAGAUUAUAUAAUCGUGUUCGAGGAGUGGCCUUGUCUAAAGAUAGAUUUCAAUUUAUAUUUAAAUCAGAAGAGGAUCUAGAUGGAAUUCUGAAGAUAGGAGUUUGGACUCAGGAUGAUUGGUGUGUUGUGAUGGAAAAAUGGUUGGAGAACCCUCCACCGGAUUACUUGAUGUUUCUUCCGAUAUGGGUUAGACUGCGUAAUCUUCCGGUGAAUUAUUAUACCAAAGACACAAUAGAGGAUAUAGCAGCGUGUGUUGGUAAAGUGCUUCAAGUUGGCCUUGAUCUAGAAAAAUCUCAGGUUCAAGAUUAUGUUAGAGUUCAAGUGCUGCUAAAUGUUUCUAAUCCUCUUCGCAAUUCGAAGGAAGUUCAACUGCCGACAGGAGAAAUCGUAAUCAUCUCUUUUGAUUAUGAAAGGGUUCGCAAAAGGUGUUUUAAUUGUCAAAGACUAUCCCAUGACAAGACAAGAUGUCCCUUUAAGCUGAGUACGUCUCCAAAAGUUUCCUCUGUGGUUUCUGAGGAGAAAUUAAAAGAAAAAGAGGUCAUUAACAAAGACUUCCAUAUGCAAUUGUCAACACCGAGUCCUAUAAAGUUUAUGGCAGAUGCGAUGAAGAAGUAUGGAGAUUCAAAGGUUAUCUCUAAUUCUUUAGAGGAAAACUUUGAAGAGGAUCUGUCAGACUUGGAACUUUUUGUUGGUUUCAAAACAGGAAGCUGUGAAGCCAGCUCUUCUGCGAAUGGAAAUAAAAAAGAUGCUGCAAAUAAAGUGAAGACUUCAUGGCAAAGGAAUUCAAAAUCUGCAAAAGAACUUCUGAUGAAGGAAAAGGUUAGUAAUUUUGAUUCUAAAGAGAAGUUUGAUAGAGUUUUCAAAAGGAAAGCUCAAUUUCCAGAUACAGAAGUUUCAAAGGUGAUCAAAAGAGAUAAUAAGACGGUGGUUCCUCAGGAACUGCCGCAAUUUCAAUAAGGCGUUUUAAGUU